AUGGUCGAAUUAGCUUCUCCAUUUAGAGCUAAUCAAACAUUGGAUGAUUUCAAACAGCAAUGUUUGACGAUCAUCAAAGGUAGUAUGGCAAAUAUCAACAACAAUUCUUCUCAACAAACAGACAACGUGCUCAUGGCCACAGAUGGUUCCGAUUCGGCUAACAACACAAUUAAUGAGCCCAAUAACUCUGAAGCACUCGAGCUUGAUUUCAAAAUCAUUGUGAGAUUCCACAAUGAGCGAAAAGCCUUCAAGAUUAAAGACGAAGAAGAUUGGCAUCAUGUCGUUGAACGAGUUGCAAAAGAGCCUCAACAUGAAGAAACUAUCAAACUUGUUGAGUGCAAGGCUCGCCUUAAGAAAUCAAAUAACAAGCAUCACAAGAAGCGUGUUGUACUUUCCGAAGGAAUGGAAAAUGCAAGAGAAAAUCGAAAACUGUCCAAGAAGCUCAAACGUGAAGAAAGACUCAAGCACACAAUUGAAGACAUUCUCGGUAAAAGAGUGAUGAAAUUGGACAUUACUGGUCAGGAUGAGGAUGACGAUAAGGAACAACAAGAAGAGAAAUAUGAAAAGAAGAGAGUGAAGAGAGAAACAGCUGCUCAAGCCAAGAAUGAUGAUGUACCUCUUGUUGGAGAACAUGGAGAAGGAUUAACUCUUCCUGCGAAUAUUUCUAGAAUUUUCUUGGAUGGUAAUAAUAUGUUUUUCAUGACACAAACAAUGAGAGAUCUCUUACUGAAGAAGAAAAACAAAAAGGAAGCAGAGCAAUUAAUUAUUGAAAUUGCAUCUCGUUUUUCAAGAGCAUCUGAAGCCUUGUGGAACAGACCAUUGAACAUGCAUGUUUGUUUUGAUGCAGCAAAUCCUCAAGUUAUGAGAGGUGAUAUUGAGAAUGACACAUUUGUUGUGUCUUCAGCCUCUAAUGCUGGAUUCUCCACAGCUGAUGACAUGCUUGUUGAGUUAGCAAAUAGACAGAAUAUUGCUGGUCACUUGGAUUCUUGUUUAUUUGUUACCUCAGACAAUGGUUUGAGACAAAGACUCAAGGAAAUUGGAGCUAAGGUCGCCAAAUCUGGAAAAUGGAUGAAGUGUUGCUAUGCACACUUGUGUUCGGACACAACUCAAUUCUCUAUGAAUGAUUGGAUGAGACAUAUUGUAGAAGAUGGCUCUUUGAACAUGGAUUAA